CCCAAAACCAGUCUCGCCUCAAACUCAGGACUGCUCAGCUGCCACAGAAGGACGAAGAAUGGGUUGGCAGAAGCAAGGAUGGUUUGUGUGUGCGAGUUUUUUGGGAUUGUUCACCUCGGUGCUGAGCAUAACGCGAGAUGAGCUUUUCCCCUUCGGUCCAAGCGCGAGAGACCAGCUACUGGCAGGAGGGAAUGACCAAACGCACCGACUUGAUCUGACCGAGCCAGUGCUGUUUUAUGAUGGCACUUUUGACAGCGUAUAUAUCAACUCCAACGGCUUUGUUGCCACAGCAGAGCCAACGAGCGAGGCGACAUAUCUCAGCAAAAUGCCUCCAAAAUUCGGCAUGAUUGCAGCUCUGCAAGGAAACCUGGACACAAGUGAUGGUGUUGGGAAAGUUUUCUUUCGCGAAGACUCGAGUCCUGAUGUUCUGCGCCGGGCCGCUGAGCACAUCAACAGGGCUUUUCCUGAGGAUGAUGAAGUCAACCCCACUCAUGCUGUUGUGAUCACCUGGGCUGAUGUCACCACCCAUGAACCUCACAGCAGAGGGGACGGUUCCCCCAAGAAGAGAAACACCUUCCAGUUGGUUCUCGCGUCCCUGGAGACCGCCUCGUAUGCUAUCGUCCUCUAUGUGAGGGAUGGGAUACAGUUUCCCUCCACUCCCUCAGGAGACAGCAAUGUGGUCAUGCAUGCUGGCUUCAGUAAAGGUUUGGUUCGGGGUUUCCUACUUUCCAGUCAGGGACCAUACUACCGCACCACCACGGAUGAAGAGGAAUCUGUGAGAGCUUUAGCAGAGGAGACCAACUCUGGCCAGCGGGGCGUAUGGGUGUAUGAGAUUGGAACUUCUCCGUAUUUCACCAAUGUGGCUCCAGGUGAAGUCACUGAUCUGCCCACUGAGGCACCAGCACAGGCGUCAGGGGCCCACGAGGACGCUGAUGCAAGGAGGCCUGUGUAUACCGACGGACAAGUGAAAUACCCUCCUUAUCAGGCAGAGGCGGAGCAGAUUGAAGUCUAUCCGGUUCAGUACCAACCACGUCAGCCUGACAACCCAGAAGUGGUGGUGGUGGAUGACACGGAUAUCAAUGUGGAUGUGUUCUCAUACAAUCUUGGGACAUGUGCGAACAACAAAAAUAAGUGCUCCCAGUUUGCUGACUGCAGGGACUACUCCAGUGGAUACUGCUGCCACUGCAGGCCAGGCUUCUAUGGCAAUGGGAUACAGUGUGUGGCUGAGGGGAAGCCACAGAGGAUGAAUGGUAAAGUACAUGGGAAAGUGUUUGUGGGCGACUCUCCUUCUCCAGUGGAGUUCAGCAGCAAUGAUCUGCAUUCGUACGUUGUGGUAAAUGACGGCCGAUCCUACGUCGCCAUCAGCGACAUCCCUCCCACUGUUGGACCGUCUCUGCAGCCCCUCACCGCCCUCGGUGGUGUAAUUGGGUGGGCCUUUGCUCUGGAGCAGCCUGGCUUCAGGAACGGCUUCAGUAUUAUUGGGGGGGAGUUCACACGGCAGGCUGAGGUGACCUUUCUGCCAGGGAAUGAGAAGCUGACCAUCAGACAGGAGUUCAAAGGCAUCGAUGAGCAUGACCACCUGGCAGUGAGCACCACCCUGGAGGGCCGGGUCCCCAAGGUGCCUCCCGGCUCCACGGUGCAGAUCGAACCUUACUCUGAGAUCUACCAGUACAGCAACAACCUGAUCACCUCAUCUUCAACUCGGGACUAUACAGUAAGUCUGCCUGAUGGGUCCACCGAGACCAGGACGUAUCAGUGGCGUCAGACCAUCACCUUCCAGAGCUGCCAGCACGGCGAAGUUAUGAAGGACAUUAAACCUACCCAGAUGCUCAGCGUGGAUCAGGUCUUUGCCAUGUAUGAUGCUAACAAUGAACUCAUCCGGUUCGCCAUGAGCAACAAGAUCGGGGAUGUCAACGGAGGGGCGCCGGUGGAGAACCCAUGUUUCACUGGGAGGCACGGCUGUGACACCAACGCAGUCUGCAGAGCUGGAGAAGGAACCCAGUUCACUUGCCAGUGUGCUGCUGGAUUCAACGGUGAUGGGCGCACAUGUUAUGACAUUGAUGAGUGCAGAGAGAACCCUCAGAUCUGUGGCCCCAAUGCUAUCUGCAACAACCAGCCUGGGACCUUCCGCUGUGAAUGUGAAGAUGGGUACCAGUUCGGCAAUGAUGGGCAGACCUGCGUUGAGGUUAACCGACCGGUGGACCCCUGUGAGGAAGGCACUCAUACCUGUGAUGUCCCCGAGCGCGCUCAGUGCAGCUAUACUGGAGGAUCGUCCUACAUCUGCUCCUGCCUACCAGGGUUCAUAGGAGAUGGUAGAAACUGCCAAGACAUAGAUGAGUGCCAGCAAGGCAGGUGUCAUCGGGACGCUGUGUGCGUUAACACAGAGGGAUCAUUUACCUGCCAAUGCCGGCCAGGUUACUAUGGUGAUGGCUUCUCCUGCUCUUCAGAGAGGACAAAAACACAGUGUGAGACCCACAGGGACAGUCUUCUGGGAGCGACAGAGUUCGGUCCACGGGGCCCACGGCCUUCUGUAGGCCAGUAUAUCCCUAAAUGUGAUGAGAACGGCGCCUAUAACCCCAUGCAGUGCCAUGACAGCACGGGACACUGCUGGUGCGUGGACCGAAACGGACAAGAAAUUCCCGGGACUCGCUCCGGACCUGGCAGCCGACCAAUGUGCAUUGACCACGGUGGUGUGCCUCAACCUGUGGGACCCCAGCCUCGACCCGACGUUGACGCCCUGCCUCCUGGGACACACCUGUUGUUUGCCCAGAGCGGCAGGAUAGAGCACAUCCCACUGGAGGGUUAUGAUAUGAAAAAGGACGGUGCCAAGGCUGUCCUCCAUCUCCCUGAGAAGGUAAUCAUUGGAGUGGCCUAUGACUGUGUGGAGAAAAUGGUCUACUGGACAGAAAUCACAUCUCCCUCAAUCAGCAGGGCCAGCAUCCAGGGUGGAGAGCCCACUGCCAUUAUUAGAUCAGAUAUGGACAGCCCAGAGGGUAUCGCUAUUGACCACUUGGGGCGGACUAUGUUCUGGACUGACUCUGUGAAGGAUCGUAUUGAGGUGGCGUCUCUGGAUGGUUCUCAGCGACGUGUCAUUGUCAACUCUGAUCUUGUCAACCCCCGUGCUAUCAUCACUGACCCGACCAGUGGGAAUCUAUACUGGGCUGACUGGAACCGCGAUGCCCCCAAGAUUGAGACCUCUUACAUGGACGGAUCCAACAGACGGGUACUGGUUAAAGAUGAUCUUGGCCUGCCGAACGGCUUGACUUACGACUCUCAGAGUUCGCUGCUUUGUUGGGCAGACGCAGGCACACAUAAAUUGGAGUGCAUGAAUCCUGCCCGGGGUGACCGCAGUAAGGUUUUGGAAGGGAUUCAGUACCCUUUUGGAAUGACAACUUUUGGGAAGAACAUCUACUACACUGACUGGCGAAGGGAUGCAGUGGUUGCAGUGGACCGCUAUACUGGCAGGGAGGCAGACGAGUUCCAGCCUCAGAAACGGACCAAGUUGUACGGGAUCGCCACUGCUUACGCCCAGUGUCCUUCAGGUAAUAAACCAGUUGUAAGGUCCCCGUACUCUUCAGGACCCACCAACCCAGAUUCGUGA